GCUUUCUCUGCCAAGCUUCAUCUUUGCCUGAGAAUCCACGGAGCUCUGCAGGGGCCCCUGAGACACAGCUGCUGCCCCUCCUCUCUGCGCUCUAGUUGUUCCUGCACGUCUGCCGGUUGUGGAGGGGCGCUUGCUUUCCCACCCCUGCACAGGCGGAGAUGCGGCUGUUCCUGCUCUUGCCCCUCCUGCUGGCUUCGGCGUCCGGGUCCUCGGCUCCUGAGGCUCGGCCGCAGAGUGACACCUGGGGCCCCUGGGGUGAGUGGAGCCCCUGCAGCCGGACCUGCGGAGGGGGCAUCAGCUUCCGGGAGCGGCCCUGCUACUCCCAGAGGAAGGAUGGAGUCACCAGCUGCGUGGGCCCCGCCCGGAGCCAUCGCACUUGCCACACUGAGAGCUGCUCCAACGGCGCGCGGGACUUCAGGGCCGAGCAGUGCGCGGAGCUGGACGGUGCCUUGUUCCAUGGCCGGCAGUACAGGUGGCUGCCCUACUAUGGCGCCCCAAACAAGUGUGAGCUGAACUGCAUCCCCGAGGGGGAGAACUUCUACUAUAAGCACCAGGAGGCUGUGCUGGACGGGACGCCCUGUGAGCCCAGUGGACGUGAUGUCUGUGUGGAUGGCCGCUGCCGGGUUGUUGGCUGUGACCACGAGCUGGACUCAUCCAAGGAGGAGGACAAGUGUCUGCAGUGCGGCGGGGACGGCACAGCCUGCUACUCGGUCACAGGCACCUUUGAUGCCAAUGACCUCAGUAGAGGCUACAACCGGAUUUUCAUCAUUCCUGCCGGGGCGACCAGCAUCCACAUUGAGGAGUCUGCGGCCAGCAGGAACUUCCUGGCCGUGAGGAGCGUCCGUGGGGAGUACUACCUCAAUGGGCACUGGGCCAUCUCGGAGCCCAGGGCCCUGCCAGUGGCCAGCACCAUCCUGCACUACGAACGGGGUGCCGACGGCGACUUGGCCCCUGAGCGGCUCCAGGCCCGGGGCCCCACGUCGGAGCCCCUGAUUAUCGAGCUCAUCAGCCAGGAGGCCAACCCCGGUGUGCACUACGAGUACUACCUGCCCCUGCGUGGCCCUGGGUCCAGCCAGGGCUUCAGCUGGAGUCAUACCUCGUGGGGUGACUGCAGCGUGGAGUGUGGUGGAGGCCACCAGUCCCGCCUGGUGUUCUGCACCAGCGACAGCGAGCCCUACCCCUACCACAUGUGCCAGCGCCAGCCUCGGCCAGCUGACCGCCGCCCCUGCAACUCCCACCCUUGCCCGCAGACCAAGCGGACCUCUUACCUGUACCGGCCCGGAGCGUGGCGCCAUGCUGGGGUCCAGCAUGUGUGUGGGAACAGCUGGAAGGUAGGGCUGUGGGCACCCUGCUCUGCCACCUGCGGGGGCGGCUUCCAGUCCCGCUCGGUCUACUGUGUCUCAUCUGAUGGCGCUGGAGGCCAGGAGGCUGCUGAGGAGGCUGAGUGUGCCGGCCUGCCCGGGAAGCCCCCUUCCACACAGGCUUGCAACCUGCAGCGCUGCGCAGCCUGGAGCGCCGGGCCCUGGGAAGAGUGUUCUGUCACCUGCGGUGCUGGCAUCCGAAGGCGGAGUGUGACUUGUCUGGGUGACGAAGGGUCCCUGUUCCCUGCCUCUGCCUGUUCCUUGGAGGACCGACCCCCCCUCAUGGAGACCUGUGUGCAAGCAGCCUGUCCCCUCAGUGACCAGGCCUGGCGUGUCAGCGCCUGGGGUUUAUGCUCCAAGAGCUGCAGCUCAGGCAUUCGGAGGCGACAGGUCAUCUGUGCCAUCGGGCCACCCAACCACUGUAGGAACCUGCAGCAGUCGAAGCCCAGGGAUGUGGAGCUCUGUAACAUGCAGCCCUGCCAUCUUCCUCAGGAGGUCCCAAGUGUGCAGGACUCGCAUGCCCACCCCAGGGGCCCCUGGAUGCCUUUGGGCCCUCGGGAGGCCCUCGCCUCAGGUGAGGAGCAGAGUGGCCUCCCACCCAGGCUGCUAUCUUUCUACUCCAGAGACCAGCGACCCUCGGUCCCAAAUAGACCCAGGGGACUCGGCGGCUCACCACCUUCAGCUCCAGGCCCAACCCCACCUCUGCAGCAGCCCCCAAGGUCUGGCUUGGGGGCCCAAGACUGCAGGCAAGGCCCCUACGGGUGCUGCCCCGAUGGCCGCACAGCCUCACUUGGGCCCCAAGGGCAAGGCUGUCCCAGAACUGAGGUCUGGUGUCAGCAGAGCAGGUAUGGGUGCUGCCCUGACGGGGUGUCUGUGGCCAAGGGACCCCAGCAGGCUGGCUGUGUGAGGUCUUAUGGCAGCAACGAUGCUGGGAGGAGACCGGGCUCCGAGGCAGUGCCUUCUACUGCCUCCGAAGCCCACAGGCCCCAGACCCAGCAGAAUGAACCUGCUGCGUGUCGGGGCUCCCAGUUUGGCUGUUGCUAUGACAACAUGGCCUCUGCGGCUGGCCCCCUUGGAGAAGGGUGCUCAGGCCAGCCCAGCUCCGUCCCACCUGUGUUCGCAGCCUACCCAGUGCGGUGCCUGCUGCCCAGCGCCCUCGGCUCCUGCACAGACUGGGCCCCCCGGUGGUACUUCAUCCCCUCCGUGGGCCUGUGUAACCGGUUCUGGUAUGGAGGCUGCCACGGCAAUGCCAACAACUUUGGCUCAGAACAGGAGUGCAUGAGCAGCUGCCGGGGCACCCAGCAUGGGCUCCACCACCCCGACCCUGGGGCCACUGGCCCGGGCACCCACACAGAUGGCCGUGGCAGUGGUCCCAGAGGCCAGCAGGAGAUCAGCAGGCACAGGCCGGGGGACACAGACCAGAGACUGUUGCCAUCUUCUGGAGGCCCCCGGCAAAGAGAACAGGAGCCUUUGCCAGGGGAGGCCCAGCCGACCCUUGCCUUUGGAGAAUGGCCCAAGGGCCAGGACAUUGGAGCCAGGACCCCAGGACUGGGCAGAGACCCCAGAUGGCCAGUGCCACCUUCUCCCAGCUCCUCUUACAGGAUCAACUUGGCAGGCUCGGAGCCCUCCAUGGUGCAGGCAGCCCUGGGGCAGUUGAUACAGCUCUUCUGCCCCACUGAUGCCUCCCUGGAAUCCCAGGCUGGGUGGCAGAAGGAUGGCCAGCCCAUCUCCUCUGACAGGCACCAGCUGCAGUCUGACGGCUCCCUGGUCAUCAGCCCCCUGCGGGCAGAGGAUGCUGGCAUCUAUACCUGUGGCGGCAACAGGCCUGGCCAUGCUUCCCGGAAGAUCCAGCUUCACGUCACAGGGGCUGACAUAGCAGUGCCAUCUGAGACUGAGCCAAGGCACUUCUCUGGGACCAGGGACCCAGCCCGAGGCCAAGGUCCUCGGGACUCCGUCCUAGGGGGACGUGCGGUAGUCCCCUCUCCACAGCCACGACCUGCAACCAGGCUGCGUCUGGAUGGGACCCAGCCUGGGGUGGUGGAUGCCAGUCCAGGCCAGCGGGUCCGCCUGAGCUGCCGCUCUGAAGGCUUCCCACCCCCAGUCAUCGAGUGGCAGAGGGAUGGGCAGCCCGUCGCCUCCCCCAGACACCAGAUGCAGCCAGAUGGCUCUUUGGUCAUCAGCCAAGUGGCUGUAGAAGAUGGUGGCUUCUAUGCCUGUGUUGCUUUCAAUGGGCAGGACCGAGACCAGCGCUGGGUCCAGCUCAGAGUUCUGGGAGAGCUGACAAUCACAGGGUUGCCGCCUAGUGUGACAGUGUCAGAGGGUGACACAGCCAGGCUGCCUUGUGUGGUGGGAGAUGAAAGUGUGAACAUCAGAUGGUCCAGGAAUGGGGUGCCAGUGCAGGCUGACGGCCGCCGAGUGCACCAGUCCCCAGACGGUACGCUGCUGAUCCACAACCUGCGGGCCCGGGACGAAGGAUCCUACACCUGCAGCGCCUACCGUGGGAGCCAGGCAGUCAGCCGCAGCACCGAGGUGAAGGUGGCUGCCCCAGCAGCGACCGCCCCGUCCAGGGAAGCCGGCAGGGAUUGCAUUGAUCAGCCCGAGUUGGCCAACUGUGACUUGAUCCUGCAGGCCCAGCUCUGCAACAAUGAGUAUUACUCCAGCUUCUGCUGUGCCAGCUGCACCCGCUUCCAGCUGCACGCUCAGCCUGCCCAGCAGCAGGGAUAAAGGCUGGUUCUUGCCCCAGUUCUGAAGAAUUGAGAAAGAAGACUCUUCCCUGGCCAGCAAAGAAAUCGUCCAAAGACAAUGCCCUUGAGAAAGCCACCCCGUGUCUCACCUCAGCAGCCACCAGGACCAGCCCCCCUUUGAAGUCCUCAGCAGAGUCCGCAUCUCUGACAAAACCCCAGCUGCUGCUGAGUUGCCCAGAAUAGCGCAGCCUUUCCUCUGCAACGUCCCUUUACAAUUUGUGAUGAGUUGAGGAUCCCUUAUCUGAAAUGUGUGGGACUAGAAGUGUUUCAGAUUUUGGAAUAUUUGCAGACUAGGGCUGAGUAUCCCUAAUCCCCAAAAUCAAAAAUCCUGAAACACUUCUGUGUCAUGUGGGUGUGCACAAAUUUUUGGACUUUGGAGUAUUUUGGGUUUCAGGUUAUGUACAAAAAGGAUCAGUUUGGGCCGGGGAUUUAGUUCAGUGGUUUCACCGCCUGCUGUGCAAGUGCAAGGACCCGAGUUUGAUCCCCGGUACCAAAAAACAAAACCAAACCAAAAAAAGGAUCAGUUUUUUUUUUUUUCUUGAGACAGUUUCUCACUAUGUAGUUCAGGCUGGCCUUAAAGUCACUAUGUAGCCUAGGCUGGCCUCUAACAGCAAUCCUCCUGCCUCAGCCUCCUGAGUGCUGGGAUUAUAGGUAUGCACCACGACAUCCAGCUAGUUCACUGAAUUUUAAAACAAGCUGUCAGGGCUCAUCUCAUUUAUAGGUGAGUGGAGAGGUCUUAUACAGGGAAUGGCAACUCCUAUUGUGUCAGCGAAGUAUUCUGUGCUAGAACCAAGUUUCUCAGGACUCUCUCUCCUUUCUAGGUAGGAAAUCCCAUUGGUGCAUAGGGUUAGCAGCAUCAAGCUUGUGAAAACUCUGACCAAGGUGGAAUGUAGGCCUCAUAGGGUGUUGAGAUGAAAGAACCACAGUUAGCAUCGUCAUCUAAGCAUGGAAAGCCUGGAAAAGCUGCGCCCGGAGCCCUUCUGAGGCCGACACAGACAGCUGGCUGGCCUGGUCUGCAGAGACGAGGAACCUCUUAAGUAGGAAUCUGUAAAGCAGAACAGUUGCUGCUAGAGAGAAAUCAGACUGUUACAGAUAGCAUUAGUGGAACGAGGAACCAGUAUGUGUAGGAGGUGGGAACAAUGUACUAAUAGGGAAGCGGUUUCAGAAAUGAUGUGAGCUACAGGAAGGAAUUCAUCUUCCAGAACUUCUGCCUCAACACUGAAUUAAGAGACCCAAGAUCAAUAAGCUUCUCAGUCCCUUUCCACUUUUAGCUUUCUCCAGAUCUUGAGAGGUCUGUCUAAUAACAAAGGUUAUUCUUGCACACAGGAAAGACAGGCAUUACAGUGACCAAAGUGCUGAAAGGUGAUUUUCAUUAGUUACGAACAUACGGCUGUAAAAGAGAAAUGGUGUCACAAGGAGUGAUACUGCUCAGUCUGCUUCAGUCAAAGGAAAUAUGGGUCAGGGUAGAUACCAUUUUUCCCCAUUUAAACACUGAGAAGCAUCCCUUUGCAUUUACCAGGGCUGGUUUUGUUUAUACAAAUUGGAAAGAGCUGCUUUCUUGGACUCUCUGGUUUAAUGAAACUACUGGCACAUGCUUCCGAAGGUACAGCUAAGAUUAGCUCUUUGCAGCUAGCCCUUCUUAGAACUAGUCACAGAAUAGUAAUAGUAAUAGUGAUAGUCACAGAGGUGAGGGUAUUCAGUCAAGACCAGCAAUUCUAACCCUCUUCUAUACUGGAAACUUAAAAACCCAACUGAAUCAUGUGCCCCUACCCCCUCUCCUUUCCCUCAAACCCACUAAAAUUCUAUUUAAUUGGUCUGGAGUAUAGGCUGGGCAUUAGUUUUUUGCUUGGGAUUAGGAUUUAAAUUGAAGUGAUUCUCAUAGACAGCCAAGUUGAGGGGGACAGCGCCAGUCCUGGGUGCGGCUAAGAAGCUGCCUUUGCAUCCAGGUCCUAGGUAAGGUCCAUGCUGCUGUUCCAGGCUCCACUUUGAGCAGCAAGCAUCUGAUUUUAGGCUUUGAUUGAUCCUGAAUACAUCUCUAUAAAGGAAAACAUGAAUUUUAAGGAUAUAACAGUCACAAAGACUUUCUAGCCACUAAACUAGCAGAGACAGAAUAAGCUUUUAAACUUAUAAGAGGAAAGAACAGUCCUUCAUGGACAAAAGCUUCUACCAUGAACAUUUAUUUUUGUUAAAGCAGAUUAUAAAUUCUCAUCAGUACAAAUAUAUAUAUAUAACUUACAUCUGAUUGUAAGGCCAACAUUCAAAAGUAAAAAUGAGAUGGGAUCUCAUGUUACCCGAGGUCAAGUGGCUGCAACUGGCAAUGGGAUAGUCUCACCAAGGGGGCGGCGGGUGGGGGCACACAAAGCUAAUAAAACCAAGGUCCUCAUCCCCACAAAAUGUGGGAACAAACUUUAAAGGACAAGACCCACAUUACAAACCAACACAGCAACCUACGUUCCCUUCUGUGAAGAUGUCACUAUCACCUUAGUGUUAACGGAUUAACAAGGAAAUUCCAAUGAUAUAUAAAAGAUAAUAUGUAUUCUCUCUAGAGCAUAGACUGAUUCCAUUAAAAUGACAAUAGAAUUUCAGAGGUUUAAAACCAGGACAAUACUGCUUUCAUUUUUUAAAAACAACCUAGUGUCUGUUGGUCAUAAGCAUGAUUGUUGUUGCAAUGGGCUACUUACAAUGAUGGCAAACAAGCUAGGGAUCGAGCCUGCAACGUCCACCCCUUUUUACUUCAAUAAGCAUCGAUAGAUCAAUCUUAUGUACAAUUUCUUACAAAUAACGCCUUUACUUUUGGCAAGAUUACUUACAACUUUUUAAUAUUGAGAACUAUUUAAAAUAUUCUAAAUGCAUAAAAAUAAAAGAUUUUGGCUUUUGA